GGCAGGCCCUGCAGGAUGUCAGGGGUUCUGAGACCCCCGCUCCCCCGGGGCCGGAGGGGAGGACUAGGAUCGGGGCCAGCGCCCUUUCCCAGGGAGCCAGAGAGCCCGGCUUCCCCCGCCCCCGCAGCCACCGCGGGCCCUCCCCUGUGACUCACGCGAAACCAAGUUGAGCGAAAAGUUGUCUGGCCAGUUACUGACUGAGGACCGAGCCGGCUCCGAGCGCGGGAGGCUCUCAGGUACGACAGCAGCCAUGUACGGAUCCAUCCCCAAGAGUGCUUCUCCGUUUGAAUCUACAGUGCAGGCGCCGGGCCUUCACGUGUGGAGGGUGGAGAAGCUGAAGCCUGUGCCCGUGCCCCCCGAGAACCGCGGGGUCUUCUUCUCCGGGGACUCCUACCUCGUCCUGCACAACGGCCCCGAAGAGCAGUCCCACCUGCACCUCUGGAUCGGCCAGCAGUCGUCCCGAGAUGAGCAAGGAGCCUGCGCCGUGCUCUCUGUGCACCUCAACUCCUUGCUGGGGGAGCGGGCGGUGCAGCACCGGGAGGUCCAGGGCAACGAGUCGGACCGCUUCAUGAGCUACUUCCCUCGGGGCCUGCAGUACCAGGAGGGAGGUGUGGAGUCCGCAUUUCACCGGGCCGCGUCUGGAGCUCCCUCAGGCCCCAUCCAAAGACUCUACCAGGUCAAAGGCAAGAAGAACAUCCGAGCCACCGAACGGGCCCUGAGCUGGGGCAGCUUCAACACCGGGGACUGCUUCAUUCUGGACCUGGGCCACACCAUCUUUGUCUGGUGCGGGAGCAAAUCCAAUAUUCUGGAACGAAACAAAGCCCAGGAUCUGGCUCUGGCCAUCAGGGACAGUGAACGGGGGAAAGCCCAAAUGGAGAUUGUCACCGACGGGGAAGAGCCGCCAGAAAUGAUCCAGGUCUUGGGGUCAAAGCCAGCCCUGAAGGAGGGAAAUCCAGAGGAAGACCUCCGGGCUGAUCAGACAAAUGCGCAGGCUGCCGCCCUGUACAAGGUUUCUGAUGCUACCGGCCAGAUGCACCUGUCAAAGAUGGCGGACUCUAGCCCGUUUGCAGUUGACCUUCUGAUUGACGAUGAUUGCUUUGUGUUGGACAAUGGCCUCUGUGGCAAGAUCUACGUCUGGAAGGGGAGAAAAGCCAACGAGAAAGAACGGCAAGCCGCCCUAAAGGUGGCGGAAGACUUCAUUUCCCGGAUGCAGUACGCCCCCAACACCCAGGUAGAGAUUCUGCCCCAAGGUCGGGAGAGCCCCAUCUUCAAGCAAUUUUUCAAGAACUGGAAAUGAGCGUUCCCCUUUCCCCCUUGGCCCUUGCUCCCGGCCCUUUAACCACAUGUUAUACCACGGUUUAUACUCUCCCUACCAUGGCUGGCCAAUGGUUCCCCGUGCCCCUUCCCCACUUGUGCCCUCCUGCUUCCAUCUCCCAGCCGCUUGUGCUUGGCAUCUUGGAGCUAAUUAAAAGGAAUGAACUGGACCCACUUCCCCCUCCCUUUCCUUGGGGCCCGACCAGUCCCUACUGAUCCUUUCUAAAUCUCCUUCUCAUGGGCGGUGGGAGCUUGAGCACGAGGCCCAGGCGGCGCUGCAUCUGCCCAGGCCCGGGAGUCCGGCUUCUGGCUCGGCCGGUCUCUGGCCACAGGCCUCGGGACCACCUAGAGCAGACUGGGGAGGGGGCUGUGUCACUACUCUGCCCUGGCCACCCUCGGAAAUCAAGAGGGGCCACUGAUUGCUGUGGGACGGAGAUGUUUCUGCAAUUGGAAGAGCUGGUAGGAAACCAACAGGAGGAAGCAUUUUCCCCAGGUUUCGGGAUCACUUUUUUUUUUUUUCCUGAGGCAAUUGGGGUUAAGUGACUUGCCCAGGGUCACCCAGCUAGAGGGGCCAUUUCCAUAGCAGGAUUUGUUUGGUUUUAUAUUCCCAAGGUUUUCUCACUUUGUGGAAAGCUCCCACUUCUUAUAAAUUCAGGAUGUAUCCCAUAAAGAAUAUAUCCCAGUAGAUGAUUGCGCAUACGUACAAUUCUAUAAUAAACCAAUGAUCCAGUUUUCCAGUGUGUCCUAUAGAA